AUAUUUUAUGCAAUACCAGUUCAUUAUUUUUCUCUGUACUCUUCAUAAAUUUGUCUAAUGUAUACAUAUGUAUUUUAAUUAGUUCAUGAUUUUAAUAUUGCAUUGAAAGGGGACUAGCACCGUUGAGAUUAUAUAUCUGGAAUUUCCUUCCUCAAAAAUGGAUGAAAAUGGUGAUCCAUCGAAAAAGAAGAAAAAUAAAGUUGUACAAGUGGAAUGGGAUGGACUAGCUUUUAAGGAUAUGGUAAAUCUGAAGACACUUAUCAUAAAAAAUGGUUCUUUUUCCAAAGGUCCCAAAUAUCUUCCAAACAAUUUAAAAGUAUUGGAUUGGAGGAGGUAUCCAUUGAAGGGUUUUCCAGAUGAUUUUCAACCAAAGCACCUCUGCAUGCUCAAGUUACCCGAAUAUCCUUUUAAGUCAUGCAACUUGCUUAGUGUUCAUCCAAAGAAGCUCUCUAUACCCAAGUUAUCCUAUUAUCUCUUUAAGAAGUCAUACAAGUUGGAUAGCUUAUCCAAGGCAAGUAUACUAAAUUCAUUUUUUCGAUUUUGUAUGUUUAGUAAAUUCACAUGGUUAUUUGUUUCUUUUUUUUUUUUUCCUGUCUUGAUGUUUUUCUUCUUUCAGAACUUGGCCUCCUUGAAUGUUUUGAAUUUUGAAAACAGUGAAUAUUUGAAAGAGAUACCUGAUGUGUCCGGUCUUCUAACUUUAAAAAAAUUAUCAUUCAGUGGUUGUAAGAAUUUGAUUAGAGUUCACAAUUCAGUUGGUAUCCUCAAUAAUCUCAAAGUCUUGAAAGCUGAAGAUUGCGAGAGUCUUGGGACUUUUCCAUCUAUCAAUUUGCCCUCACUUGAAAUACUUAUGUUGUCUGGUUGCAAUAGACUUGCGAAAUUCCCAGAAAUACUAGGAAAGAUGGAAAAGGUAGAAAUGCUUCGUUUGUGUGGCACUAACAUAAAAGAUUUGCCAUCGUCAUUUCAAAACCUUUGUGAAUUGUCCUAUUUGAUUCUGAGUGGCAAUACCUUUCAUAGGAUACCAAGAGUGAUUGUGGAUAUGCCAAAACUGUCUACAUUAUAUAUUAAUGUAGAAGCCCAUAAAUAUAAGACUUGGGAAUCACGCAACAAGUUGGAAGAGGGGGUUGAAGGAACACUCAGCUCUUCAAAUGUGAUUAAUCUUACUCUCAAUAACUAUAUGCUGUCAGAUAACUUUUUUCCACUGGCACUUGCAUGGUUUCGCAAUGUGAAAACAUUAGACCUGACUCGCAACAGGUUCACAAUCCUUCCCGAAUGCAUCCAAGAUUUUUGCUUUCUAAGCUCCCUCAAAGUUGAUGCAUGCAAGAAGCUAGUUAAGAUUGCAGGAAUUCCACCAAAUUUGAAACAAUUCUCGGCAUUAGACUGCAUCAACUUGACUAAGGAGGAGGCCACAAGCGUGUUACUCAAUCAGGAACUGCACGAGAAUGGAAGAACCGAGUUCGCAUUGCCAGGAACAACGAUUCCAGCAUGGUUUGAAGAGCAGGGAAAGGGAGAUUCUAUUUCAUUCUGGUUUCGUGGUGAGUUCCCUUCGAAUGCACUUUACUUUGCAAUUCUACUGCGGAAUAGGCAACACCGUGCAACUCGUAUAACAACCAUGGUGAGCAUCAAUGGCAAGAAAGUUUCCCGUGGAGGUGGGAGAACCCAAAUGCAGGACCUAUUUAUUUUUGAUCUGUCCGUGACAAAUAAAACGUAUCAUUUGGAUGGAAUAUGCUUUGAAAAUAAAUGGAAUCAUGCGAAUGUUUCAUUUGAACUUGAAAUUGGGGGCGGCACAAUGGCGUUUGGAAUGCAUAUAUUGAAGCAAGAGAGUAGUAGCAUCAUCAAAGAUAUUCAAUUCACUAAUCCUUGCAUAAAGAAUGAAGACGAUGAAGCUCUCCAUGGUAUUGACAGCAUUGACGUUCGUCUAAGGCUACAACCAGGUUCAGCAACUAGCCAACCAGCUUCGCAGAAUCCUCUUGGGCAUAGUGGAGACGCAUCACAUUCAAAAGGGAACUGGGCAGUGCCACAAUUCAGGGGAGGCACUGUUUUUGCUAGGAGGAACAUAAAAAUGAUGUUGUGUGUGAUGUUUUGUACAAUGUUAAGCAUUGUAGUGUGUGGUUUGGGUAUGUGGUUAGGAAAGAAUUAGGGUGGUGUGAGUUUAGGAGCAAAGAAUGAAACAAUUAAGCCCUACUUCAUGUGGAUAGUAUUCAAGCUUUCUUCCAAUGUAAAAGCCUUAGGGCUCUAAAAGAAGCAUCACCUUAAUUGAAUGGAACCUUAUUGCA